CACGAAAAUUCUAGAGAAAGCGCGAGAUGGCGGCACGCACGAACAGGAGCUAAGGUCGCAGAUUUGUCUCAGCACUUCGUUCCCCUUUUCUAUCAGGAGCAAGAGAAACCAAAAGGCUGCAGAUCUCAAGCAAAGAACAAGAGAAUGGAGGGGGAUUUGAUCCAUAUCAAAAUGCAUCAUGGGGGUACAUUUUCAAUGGAAGGACCACUUACUUAUGAUGGUGGCGAAGUGUCUAUUUUUCGAGACUGUGACAGUGAGCGUACAUCGUAUUUUCGUCUAGUUCGCAUGGCUAAAGACGUAGGUUUCAAGGAUGGUGAUGAGUUAUAUUAUACAGUCCCUGGUUGUAGCCUUGACGAAGGAAUUGAUUUAAUUCAUGAUGACAAUUCAGUCGUUAAGAUGUUGAACUUCGCAAAGAAACACAACUUUGCAAACAUCUAUCUUAAACAUAAAGACCAUGAAAAUAUGUCUGCUGAUCCAAGAUCUGGUCUGCGCACUAAUCAGAAACUUCCAGCAGAGACAUGGCAUGUCCACCAACAAACCGGGAAACAUAAUCUUAUGGCACACAAUGAGGCAACGAAGAGUGAAAAUACUCAUACUUUUAUAUCUGUUGGUGCAAAUCUUCAUGAUGUUACUUAGAAGGAGUCGAUAUAGGAUGAGACGGGGGUGCUGUGUUUGGUUGCUUUUUUUUAGGAUAUUAUUCCCGGCCAGACUAGGAUUUGGCCCGGCCCGGCGUAGCUGAAGACAUUGUUGAUUUGUUGCAAACGUCCCUCCUACCUUUUUUUGCAGGUUGCGACAAUUGGUACAGUGCAUGUACAGUGCGUCAUUUAUCGCAACAUGAGUUUUUUUAUAUUUUUUUAUUUACAAGUUUUAUCUUUUAUA